ACUAUCAAUCACAAUAAUUACAGAUGAUUAAGCAUAUACAUCGUCAGUUUGUUGUUUUACACACAUGCACACAGACAUUAUUUCAUAGUUGUGAGAAACAUAAGAAAUCUUUAGACACGUAACACAAACCAUUAUCCAUAACAGAAGACAAUACUUUAUUUAACCUUUUCUGAUAAGAAGUGUGCGCUGCAAACGCGAGCAUUUCUGGCGAUAGUUUCUGUCCAGUCCGCUCGUUUUAACUCGUUAAACCAACAGCUGUCGUCGGUUUUUUGUUUGGGAGUGGCAGCAGGUAUGCGUUAAAAUUUCAAAUUGCAGCCUGUACUACAUAGAUUCUUGCAUCCAACAUCACAACAAGAUGAUAUUUUAAGCUCCUUGUGUAGCCGAAUCCGCGCUGGUUUGAAUAGGCCGCCUCCAGUUUUCCGUUUGUUUUGCCUCCAGCUAGCGCGGUGACGUAAUGACGUCAGCUCCUCUGCUUGUAGUAAACAUUCCGUUUCUAUGGCAACUGUGGAACUACAACGAUUUGAUGACGUCAUCGAACAGGCUGUUUGUAAAGAGCCGCGCGCUCGCAGCAUUCUGAAGUUCAGUGAUAAUCCGAGCGGAUGCGAAGAGAGUCACCAAGCAAAGAGCAAAGACGCGAGUCUGAGCUAAAGUCUGCGAAAACUGUGUACAGACGCCAGUCAAUACAGAUGGUCUAUAUUCAUACAGUUUAUAGACAUAAUCUGUACAGUCAGUGUCACACACAGUGUGUAUCAGAAAGAGUUUGACAACUGUACAUCUGAUAAUAUCAGAUACAGUUUGACAACAAUAUCGGGCAGUACUAAAUAGAGUACAUCAGACAUCAUGUCCACACAAAAGAGAGAAGUGCAGCUGAAGGCUGACCUCAGAAGCACUAUCUCAGAGAAUGGGAAUGAACAGGGUGGCAUGAAUAUGACUCCUGCAACCACCGAGAAGACCAGCCCAAAAGUGAGGAAGAACAACAAAUCCUGUGCAUUCUUUCAAAGAAGAUGGAAGGCUGUGAAAAAAUCCUUCCAGAAAAAUAGAGUGGAGCCCAUCUGGGUUUCAGCAGAGCCUGAUCCAGAGCCACUGUGUGUCCCAGAUCCUGAACCUGAACCUGAAAAGGAUCUGGUUGAUGAAGAACAGUUGUGUGUCGCAGGUCCAAGUGCUCCUGAAAUUCAAGUGACAACAGAGUCCACACAAAAGAGAGAAGUGCAGCUGAAGGCUGACAUCAGCAGCACUGUCUCAGAGAAUGGGAUUGAUCAGGGUGGCAUGAAUAUGACUGCUGCAACCACUGAGAAGACCAGCUCAAAAGUGAAGAAGAGCAACAAAAUCUGUGCAUUCUUUCAAAGAAGAUGGAAGGCUGUGAAAAAAUCCUUCCAGAAGAAUAGAGUGGAGCCCAUCGGGGUCUCAGCAGAGCCUGAUCCAGAACCUGAAGUGGAUCUGGUUGAUGAAGAACAGUUGUGUGUCUCAGCUCCAAGUGGUCCAGAACCUCAAGUGACAACAGAAACUCAGGAAACUCAAGUGAAAUCUGAGUUGUCAAUGCUACACAACCAUUUCCUUGUAAACAUUUUCCAACUGGAGCGUCGCAUGUGCAAAUGUAAAGUGCUCUGGACACCUGUCACUGAGGUCUGGCCCAGUGUCUUCAUUGGAAAUGAAGAGACAGCAAUGGACCGAGCCAAACUGAAGGAGAUGGGUGUUACCCACAUCCUGAACACAGCGGCAUACAAGGAAUACCUGCAAGGAAAGAUUGAUACAAGGGCGGAGUAUUACAAAGAAAUGGACAUUACUGACUACAGUGUGCUUGUAAUGGAUGAACACAGGUUUGACAUCAGCAAGGACUUAUUCCCAGCUUCAGAAUUCAUCCACAAGGCCCUGAGUAACACAGAGAAUAAGUUGUUAGUGCACUGCAUAGAUGGUGUCAGCCGCUCCGCAACAUUUUUUCUGGCAUACCUGAUGAUCCACCAUGAAAUAUUGUUGGAGGAUGCCAUUGACCACGUCAUAGACAAGAGAUGGAUCAGGCCAAACAGGGACUUCCUGAAGCAGCUGAUAACUCUCAAUUCAAACCUCCUAAAACAGUGUAAAUUACAGCUAAGAAAACAGAUAAACACAGAUAAAAGAGAAAACAGAGAGGAUGCGGUUGCACAGCCUGUUCCAGAGCCUUUAUGUGAGCCAGGUCCAAGCAGACCUAAGCCAGAAGCUCAAGUGACAAAAGAGGUUUCAGUGUUAGAAAAUCAUGUCCCUCAAAGCAUCCUUCAACUUCAGGAUCGCCUGGAUGAAUGUACACUGGACUGGACACCUGUCACUGAGGUCUGGCCCAGUGUCUUCAUUGGAAAUGAAGAUACAGCAAGAAACCGAGCCAAACUGAAAGGGAUGGGUAUCACCCACAUCCUGAAUGCUGCGGCAGUGGAGAAAAGAUUGAAGGUCUUGUUUGAAAUGCCAAGCAAGAAAAGCCUAAAGGGAAAGGUCAAUACAGGGGUUACAUAUUACCAAGGCAGGAACAUCAGUUACUACGAUGUGCCUGCAGUGAACAAAUGCUCAUUUAACAUCAGCGAGUACUUCUUCCCAGCUGCACAGUUCAUCCACCAGGCCCUGAGUAAACCAGAGAAUAAGGUGUUAGUGCACUGCAAAAAGGGAAUCAGUCGCUCUGCCACACUUGUUCUGGCAUACCUGAUGAUCCACCAAAACAUGAUGGUGGAGGAUGCCAUUGACCAUGUCAUAGAAGUGAGAAACAUCAGGCCCAACAUAGGCUUCUUGAAGCAACUGACAAUCCUCAAUUCAAACCUCAAAUGUCAGCGAACACUACAGUUAAAAAACAGACCAAAGUAAAAAAACAAAAACAAAAAAACAAUCAAAAUAAAAACAAUUAUUAUUUAACAGUUACAAAUGUGUAAAAUCAUAUCUUUGAUGAAAAAAAUAAAAAAAACAAAACAGUUGGUCUAAAUUACAUUCAAAUGCACAUUAUUUCUAAAGUACUGUGGAUUACAUUACAUUUAGUCGUUUAGAAGACGCUUUUAUCCAAAGCGACUUACAAAUGAGGACAAUAGAAGCAAUCAAAACCAACA